GACAGACUAAUGUUGCAAUGCAUUGCAAUUCAUAAUUUAUGAGUGUUAUCUAGUGCUUUGUGUACACCUAAGCAAUAGAAGAGAGGCUGAAUGAAUGUAAAUACAUAGUGUUGAACUAACGCGAUGCUUGAUUGUUGUUAAAUGGCAGAUGGGAAUGUAAAGUAAGUACUGCAAAGUCAAAUAUCAGUGGUGGUGAUUGGUUGUUUCCUUUACCACAUACAUAAUAGAGGAUGGCAGAGUGGGGAGAGCUCUGGUUCUGGGAGAGCACACAUCUCAGGUAGAGACAGUAUAAGAAAAAGUAUGACAAGGGUAAUGAGUCCAUGAGUCCAAGUCUAAACCAAACAAUGCAUGAGUCUGGGGUGUAUGCUCUGUGUCUGUGGAGCAUUACGGCUCUGACGCGCCGCACAGAAAAUACAAAAUAAAAACUCAGAAAAUCCUGUCAAUUUCAAAACACACUGCAGAAAAGGCUUAUCUUACUUUUGUCUUGUUUCUAGUGAAAAUAUCUAACAAUUGUUAAAUUAAGAUGCAUUUACUAGAUAAGCAAAAUGACAUAAGAUAUUUAGUCAUGUUUUCUGGCGAAAAAACCUAAAGUGCAAACUACUAUAAAGGCAUAUGAAAUUACUUCUUUUCCCCAGUUUGAGAGCUGCCACUUUGGAAGUAUUACACCAGUUAUGUGGCACAGUUGAUCAUGUAUAUACAGUAAAAGAGUAAGCUGAGGUGUAUUAUAGGUUAAGCCGGGAGGUUUAUCUUCAUAAAAAAUACAGAGACGCUUCUAUACAGUACAUGAUACAUAAUAUGAUGUAUUAUGUGCAAUCGUUUCUUUAUUUUAGAGGAUAGCGAUUUUCUGGUCAUUGGUAAUAGACUCAUGACAGUCCUGCCUUGUUAACUGCUGAACCUUUGACCGUGUUUGUGAGCACAUGCUUUUCACCUGAAAAUUGUGAUGUGUGGCAAGUCAGCUACAACAGUAUGCAACUGUGUUAUUUCACUGCAGCAUUUUUCAGUUCUAAACUUCAGAAUAUGCUACAUUUGAGAAUAUUAAAACAAAUAAACUCUGUGAGCAACCUGAUUUCCUUAAGGACUGUGAGCACUCAGAAGAGGACAUGCCCUUUGCUUUCUGUGCAGCCCAUUCGAGGACUGGUGGAUGAGAAGUUUCAGAUUGACGUAAUGAAUUUACCACCAAAUCAAAAGGUCACGUUACAUUCACUACAUCAGUCAGAAGACAAGGACUUCUGGGAGGCAUUUGGACACUAUGUCAGUGAUAAACAUGGAUCAGUGAGAGGGGUUAAAGAUGAAAGUUUUGGAGGUACUUAUGAAGGUAUAGAGCCAAUGGGGUUGAUAUGGAGCAUGAGGCCCAUACCAGGAAGUCAACAUGGACUAAGGUUACGUAAGAGGGACAUUUUCAUACCUAUGGUAGUUCACAUUUCUGUAUACAGUGGGCAUCUAUCUCAAGGCUUCAGCCAGCAAACACCACUGGCAACCAGUGUCAUUGAGCGCUGGUACAUAGCACCGGGUGUGAAGAGGGUGAGCAUCAAGGAGAAAGAAAUACGAGGAACAUUAUUCCUGCCUCCAGGCACCGGACCAUACCCAGGAGUGCUGGACCUGUGGGGAUCAGGUGGUAGUUUGAUUGAGUAUCGAUCUUCCCUGCUCGCAUCUCAUGGCUUUGCAUCUAUGGUACUUGAAUAUUUAACUCCAAAUAAUCUGAGACUGGAAGACACUGAUGCCUCCUACUUUGAGAAAGCAUACCAGAUACUGCAGAGUCAUCCAAUGGUACAGAAGGAUCGUUUGGCUGUGCUUGGGACAAGCCUGGGAGGUAUUAUUACACUCAGUAUGGUGGCCUCCUCCAAAGUCAUUAAGCCCCAGUGUUGUGUGUGCAUUAGCGGAGGUCAUCUGAUGCAUUUUGAUAAAUCCCUCUCAGAAUUCUAUGCGAAGAUGGAAAAAAAUGCAGAUAAGCUACGUGUGAAUGAGUACAACCAGGUUAUCUACCGCGAUCUGAUCUUCUCAGUUUCCCGUCAAAGUUUCAAAGUUGAUGUUGGGAGAAUAAAGUGUCCACUUUUGUUGGUGAAUGGUGAUGAUGAUCAAAUGGUUCCUGCAGUAGAAACUGCUGAAGAUAUGGAGAUGAUGAUGGUAAAAGCAGGAAAUCGGCACUUGUUGAAAAUCCUGACGUAUACUGAUGCAGGUCAUCUGAUUGAACCUCCAUACUCACCUCACUUCCGUGCAACUAACUUUUACCAACCGUGGACAAAGAAGAGAGUUGUCAUGCUAUGGGGUGGACAGACUAAAUCACACGCAUACGCACAAGAGGAUGCAUGGAAGAAGAUAUUAGCAUUUCUGUGGCAGCACCUUUCAGCACCGGUGGCUUCAUUUUAAGUGUCACCCAUUUAUUAAAUGUAACAGUUUUCAGUCUAAGUUGUUCUCAAAUGAUGCACUAAUUAUGUGUUUAUGGUACUGUUUCCAUAUCACCAAAUAUUUAAUCUAUCUAAGACCUCAACAACUAUUUGUUAAAACUGAUAAUGAAAAUAACUGCAUAUGAAUUUGAUGAUCUAUUAAUUGCAUCUGAUUAUGGAUUAAUUGCACAGAAAACAUCCACCAGUUUUUUAAGUUUUUCAAAUAUAAACUAGUGGGGUUUUUUUUAAUUUGUUAAAUCAAUAUUUUUAAAACUUUGCGUUGUCUCUGUCACAAUAAAAAUGAUUUCAUAUGUUAA